AUGGGAGGUGAAGAAAAUGUAAAGCAUCUCGAAGAUUGUUCCGUUGCCAAUGCAUUGGGAACUUGGGUAUUCUCUGUGGCAGGAGCUUUGCUGGCAAUUCCGGUAGGAAUUAAGCGCAAAUCUCUUGGACCCCUUGUAUUUUUUGGCACCACCGGAACUAUGCUGGAUAUUAUUAUGGGAAUUACAGCGUGCGAAAGGGAACAUGCAGAGCACCAAAUGAAGCUACUUGAAGCUCAAAAUGGUGCAUCUGAAACUUCGUUGGAUGAGACAAAUACUGAUUCAUAA